AUGAAAUGGGUUUUAAAUCACAUACUACCUGCCACACAGAACAGGGACCCCAAGUUUAUGGACAUGCAACAAGUGGUCCAUGUUGAUGAGAAGUGGUUCUACUUGAACCCAGAAAAUAGGAGGUUUUACCUUCUACCAAAUGAGCCAAACCCCUAUAGAGCCCAACAGUCCAAGAGGUUCAAAAUCAAAGGGAUGUUCAUGGCAGCCAUAGGGAAACCAGUGUUUUCCCCUAAUGGAGAAGUACUUCAUGAUGGAAAAUAUGGAAUAUGGCCAUUUGUGUAUGAAACUACAGCCAACAAAAAAAGCAAAAACAGAGAUGUUGGUACAGUGGAAAUAAAAGCCACACAGAAUGUAAACAAAGAAGCUAUAAGGGCAAUGCUAUUAACAAAUGUUAUUCUUGGAAUCAAAGCAAAAUGGCCUUCACAUCUGCCCAAGGACAUAUUCAUUCAGUGGGAUAAUGCAAGACCUCAUCAAAUUCCAAGGGAUGAGGAAUUUGAAUCAGCAUGUCAGUCAAAAGGAUUCAACAUUCAAUUCAUCUCUCAGCCAGCACAGUCUCCUAACUUAAAUGUGCUGGAUCAAGGGCUGUUCAAUGUAAUACAAUCCAUACAAUACCAAUCCUUUCCCAAGAACCUUAAGGAACUCAUUGACAAAGUGAAAGAGGCUUAUGAUUUGUUCAAUCCAAUGUUGAACAAGCACUGUUGGAUAACUCUACAGUGUUGCAUGGAAGAGAUACUAAGGCACAAAGGAGGGAAUAAUUUUACCCCACCCCAUAAAGGAAAAAAAAAAACUUGA